AUGGUCACCGAGACAGAUCAAUAUUACCCUUCACGGUCAUCCACAGUCCUGUCGGAAAAGCGUCGGUCAAGCUCAUACAUCAACGCUCCAUCUCCGAACAAACGGCCUACUCGCAUGCAAAGCACGAGAACCAGCGAUGGUACAGUCAGCACAAGAAUGAGUUACAACAGCAGCGGACGAGUGUCAGAAGCCACAAACAUUACGCAGCCAGCAUCCUACUCCAAGAAGUUUGUGGUAGUUGGAGAUGGUGGAUGUGGCAAGACGUGUCUCUUGAUCAGCUACGCACAAGGAUACUUUCCAGAGAAAUAUGUCCCUACCGUCUUCGAAAACUACAUCACGCAGACUACGCACAAGCCAACAGGAAAGACAGUCGAACUCGCGUUGUGGGACACGGCCGGACAAGAAGAGUACGACCGUCUGAGGCCAUUAUCGUAUCCCGAAACAGAUCUGUUGUUCGUCUGCUUCGCGAUCGACUGUCCCAACUCUUUAGAAAACGUCAUGGACAAGUGGUACCCUGAAGUUCUACACUUCUGUCCUACAACUCCUCUCGUCCUCGUGGGCCUGAAGUCGGAUUUACGAAACAAGCGAACCUGCAUCGAACUCCUCCGCACUCAGGGUCUGACACCCGUGACACCAGAACAAGGCCAAGCAGUAGCAAAGAGAAUGGGGGCAGCAUACAUCGAAUGCAGCGCCAAGGAAAACAAGGGCAUUCAAGAGGUGUUCGAUUUGGCCAUCAAUACGGCCAUCCAAGUCGAAGAAGCCAGCUACGAGUCCCAGCCAAACAGCAAAGGCGUCAAGGUCAAGAAGGCGAAGAAGAGGAAAUGUGCUUUCCUCUGA